UUAUAUAUCUUUGUAUACAUGUUUUAUAUUUAUCGAAUUUCUAAAUAAUGUUUAAGGAAUUAAAUUUAAUAUUAAAAGGACGUAAUUGGAUCUUUAUUGGACUGAAGCAAUGGAAAAUGAAACACAAAAUAUUCACAAACUUCGUACUGUCACCUAUGAUGAGCCUAUAACAGUCAAAUCAAAAAAUGACACGAAAAAUAAUAAGAUAAUAUACAAUCAUAGUAAAAUAAAAGAAAACACAUCUGCACAUAAGCAAACUGAUGAAAAACAUGAAAAUUCACAUGCCGGAGAUACUUCGAAAAAUAAUUCAGUUCUCAAAUAUUUAAUGGAAUCUUUUCAGCAGCCUUCUAGCAGGUUAUUACGAAUAUCACCUUUUAAUUCAAAAAGUGAUUGCCAACUUAAUGAGAAAAGAUCAUAUUCAAAAAAAGCAAAACUAAGACGACAUCGAAAAGGACCCCGUGAGAAUAACGUGGAUGUUCUCUUUAUGUCAAAAAAUUGGAAAUCUAAGCGCGAGCGUAACAAAAAGCCAUCAGAUCAUUGCAACAAAGAUCUCAAUAUUAAACAGUCAAAGUCCUCAAAUGAUCUAUAUACUCUAAAAAGGCCAUGUAGUACAAAGGUAUUUUGGACUAAGCAGGUAACCUGCAGAAAAAAAAAUAAUUUUGUAAGAAAUAGUCAACUAUGUCAUCAUAAGGAAGAAAAUAAUGAUAGCAAACCAUGCGUGCGUCUUUCAUUAAAAGACAGUAUAGAGAAGAAGAAUGCCCUUGCAUCAUUUCAUUGUGUUCUUUUAAAUUUUCCAAACAUGCAAAAUAAUAGAAGUGAAUCUAAAAAUAAUGAGUUGUAUAAAAAAUCCCUCAUUAAAUUACAGCCUAGUUUGUGUAGAUUAAAUAAUGUUUCUGACAAAUGCGAUUCCAUCUAUCGGCCACUCGAAGAUCAGCAAAAACCUCGCAGUCCUUGUUGCAGUCCUUCUCGGAGUUCUUGUAAACCAUACCGCAGUCUACCUCGAAGUCCACGGCAAAGCCCACCUCACAGUCCACCUUGCGGACCAUCUCCUCACAUCAGCAAAACAGACUUGGGCACACGCCACCCACUUAGUUUGCUAUCAAAACCCAAACUCUUCCAGACAAAGGAACGACCUUCGAAGGAAACGGCCAUAAAAUUUUUAAAAUACAUUAUUUUAGCCUGUAUAUUAAUAAUCUGGAGCCCCUGUAUAAUUUUACUUGGAAUAUGUUGGCUAGUAACAUAUCCUUUAAGGCCACAGGAAUUAAUUGAAAUAAAUGAAAAGUUGAAUAAAAAAAGUGAUGAGUCAAUUUUUGCUGUGAUGUACAAAUACGCUGAAAUGACAACUAAAACAAUCACAACUCUUUGGAACAAUUUUUUUGAUAAUAGAGUCGAUGAUGAAAAAAAAUUUUCAGGUUCUAAAUCUCCCAGCAGUUUCAAACAUCCUCCAAAAAAAAAUCUUAAUCAAAAUAAGAGAUAUACUUUGCUAUACCAUUCUAACAAAGGUUGGGUUAUUAAGUCCACAAGCAAAUCACAAUAUGAAAACAACAAGAAAAUAUAUGAACUCACACCGGAAAAUAGUGAAAAAUUAAUAAAUCGCCGAAAGUGUACUAGAAGGAGAGAAAACGUUUAUAAUAUAGAAAACAAAACUUGUAAUGAAGUGAAAACUCAAGUCAAGCAACUAUCUUUAGAACCUAUUUGUCCUAAUAAGCAUGAUAAAAGUGCUCUAGCUUAUAUUCCUAAAAUAAAAGAAAAUAUUAAACCUAAACUUCCAGAUAUAAACGGAAUAAACAAAGGAUCCCCAAAAUCUCAGCAGCCACGAAACAAACAAACGUAUCGUGUUGUGCCUAGCAAAACAAAAUAUCGAUAUUGUAAAAGAAGACAAUGCACCAAAGCUACAAAUACAUUAUCAAAAUUUAAGCCAUUGCAGUAUGUCAAAAAGUUUUGGAAGCGUGUAUGUGAUGACGAAAAGCUAUGGGAGUUUGAAAAAUGCAUUUUAUAUAAAAAUACACUAAGAGCAACACAAUACUCAUUUCUGCAUGAUCGAUAUCCGGGUUUUUAUCCAUAUUUCUUAUCAGCCAUGAAAUGUACGAUGAGUUCCCUACAUUUGUUUCUAUACAUGUUGAGUUGUUGCAUUUGGUUCCCCAUAUUCGCAUGUUCGUAUAUAUGUUGUUUAAUUUGUUGUAGAUGCCUCUAA